AUGUCUAUGGUCAAAUCUCAAGCUACUGGGAUCUCUGCUAGUCAAUUAGCUCGGAUUGAUUCGCAGGAAUUGAGUACUACAUUAGGUGGCAUGCACAACAAGCGCCAAAAUGGCCCCGCUGCUGCGAUAAAUGCAUCAAAAUCCGGAGAGACUUCCAACUCCACUAAUGCAGAUCUUAUUAACCAGAGAAUUGAUUUGGAGUCAUUGCUUGGGGGGGUUACAGACUUGCUGGGGAAAGAGAACUGGACAAAAUACGCACAAGUAAUUAGUUUGUUCAUACUGGGAAAAUUAUCGAGAAAAGAGCUGUGCAACGAAUUAGAUUUACUUUUCACACCUAUUGAUGGAUCAAGCACAAAUAUCAGUCUGAGUGCCAGUGCAGACGCAUCGAAGGCCCCCCUGCGUGGCAGGGCCUUGCUGAUACGAAUGCACAAUCACUUGCUGCUCGGGAUUCUUGCGAAUUCCCUGAAAGAUUCUCCAUUAAUGGGCAACCUAUCAGAUGGAACAUGGGGGUUUGGGAAUGGCAGUUCACUGGCAAAUAAAAAAAGGGUCAAUAAGCAUAAUUCACAGAUAGAAACAUAUAAAAAGAUAGUAAUGUCGUUACCAGUAAAUGAUCGGCAGAGACUGAAAUCUAUUACAAAAGAAGCCGGUAAAAGGGGAUUUGUUCUUUGUUCUGUAUUGCAAGCUAGGUUAAAUACAAUUCCAAAGAUACCGAUUGUAUUAAAUCCUGAGACUCUGAAAAGAGUCAAGAGUAAUAAUUUAAAAACACCAUUGGAGUGGUCACAAGACAUAAUGAAUGGAUUCAAUGCACCACUCGCUACCGAUAGUUAUUCUUUACCAGAUACUGAGUCUUUAUUUCUCAGAAUGGUGGGAAUAUCGCGUGAACAUGGCUUAGUUGGUACCGUAGACACUGGUUGUGUUGAGCUGCUUUCUUUGGCUUUGGACAAUUAUUUGAAAAAUAUACUUGAAUCAGCAAUUGACACAGUACGAUAUCGACAGAAAAAAUAUUCAGAGUACUAUGAUCUCGGUGACAACGGAUUCUAUGAGCCAGUAGCGGAAGAUGGAAAGGUUUCUCCAGAAAAGGAGGCCUAUGCUAAGAAAGAAAGUAUGUCGUUGACUAACGAAGAUCUCUACGACUGUUUCACUUUAUUCCCCAACCUUGUAGAGCCGACCGGCGCGUUUGUUAGUUUACCAGCAGUGGGACUUUUAAACGAUGAUGAGCUCGUUGUAACUAACAGUAGUAUUGAUGACCUUGCCGAUUUUUCUGAAGAUAGACCAACUUUCACACCAUUGGAUGAGCGUAAUAUUGGUACUAGAGAAGAAUUGAAUUGGCUGAUAAAGGAUAUUUUAACAGAGGACUAA